AUGACUCCUUUUCUACGUGUGUAUUGUGUUAUAUGGAUAGCGCUGCUGACGGCCUGCUGCAGCACGAAAGGUCGAGAGUUACCUAAUGGACAAAAUGUUGUGUCUGUGGCACCAAUAGAAGUUCCAGAUGAGUCCAUGUACCCGAGGUUCGCUGAGCCAAUACCGAAUGUUACGGUCACAGUUGGGAGAGAUGCGUUGCUUGCAUGUGUCGUCGACAACUUGAGAGGAUUUAAGGUGGCAUGGGUAAGAAUGGAUACACAAACAAUUCUAAGUAUUCAUCACAACAUAAUAACGCAGAACGCACGUAUAAGUCUCUCGUAUAAUGACCACCGCUCUUGGUACCUACACAUUAAAAACGUGCAAGAGGUAGACCGUGGGUGGUAUAUGUGUCAGGUCAACACCGACCCAAUGCGCUCUAGAAAAGGUUAUUUACAAGUCGUGGUCCCACCUUCGAUAAUUGAUAACAUGACUUCCACGGACAUGGUGAUACGUGAAGGAAAUGACGUCACACUGGUAUGCCGGGCGUCCGGAUAUCCUGAACCUUACGUGAUGUGGCGGCGCGAAGAUGGGCAAGAUUUUAACUACAACGGAGAAUCAGUGAGUGUUGUAGACGGGGAAACGCUUACAAUAACAAAGGUGUCUCGCUUACAUAUGGGAGCUUACCUGUGUAUAGCGUCUAACGGAGUGCCUCCAUCGAUUAGCAAGCGUAUCAUGCUUAUGGUUCAAUUUCCACCAAUGCUGUCAAUUCCUAAUCAAUUGGAGGGUGCUUACAUUGGACAAGACGUGACUCUCGAAUGUCACACGGAGGCCUAUCCAUCAUCUAUUAAUUAUUGGACCACUGACAAAGGCGACAUGAUAAUAUCCGAAAUGGAAAUUGUAGGUGGCAAAUAUGAAGCAUUCCCAGUGGAUAGCGGCUAUAAUAAGUUUAUGAUGCUCAAGAUACGGAAUAUUACCAAGGAAGACUUUGGCUUCUACAAGUGUAUCGCUAAGAACUCCUUGGGGGAAACUGAUGGCAUUAUUAAACUCGACGAAAUUCCUGCACCACCGUCGGCAUUUACAACAACACAAAAAUCUGUUCUAGAUAAUCAAACAAUACGGAAGAAAGGUCAGCUGCCAAUUAUACAAACGAACGACGCGAUAACCUCAAAUUUUCAAGGUGAAGUUUAUGGCGAACAAAUAAGAGAAUUCGAUUUCGACGACGAAAACUCAACAUCUGUAGCCAACUGCCUAGACAAGAAUCAAAAGACG